GAAAGUGGUUGCCCCUGGCUGAACUUCAGUAUCGUUGCUUCCCUGAGGUAUGAUACCUGAUUGUCUCAGGAUUUAUGUUAUUGGCACGCCGUUCUGAAUGUAGGACUUCUCUUCGACAUCUUUACCCUGCAUAUUGCGCGCACCGUCUCGCCUGACGAACGCGCCCACCUAUUUAACCGCUCAGCCAAUCCCGUGUGAGAUGUCAGAGAAAGUUUAGCAAUCGGCAAUAAAGCACGUGCAUCACUAUAUGAGAGGAGAUAGGAGGCUGGGGUUGUUAGUGUUCAAAGACGCGGAUGGACCUAAUGUCGCUGAACAUGAAUAAUGACAUGAACCGAGAGGCGGAGGUACAGGUCAAUUCCGCAUCCAAGCGCAUUCGAACAGAGGUGAAGGCCAGGAGGGCUCUGUGGUUGUCAGUGGGCAUGCUGUGUCUCUCUCUGCUGCUGGUCGUGCUGGGCAUCUACACCACCACCCGCACAGAGAGCUUGAGCAUCACAGGGUACUUCUCUGGAGCCAUUUUGGCGUUUGGAUCGUUCCUAGGGGUUCUCGGGCUCUGCCUUGAAGAGAAUCGAAAACAGCUGCUGACGGCGGCCAUUGUUUUCCUGAGCUUGGGAAUCAUUGCGGCCUUUCUGUGUCUGGUGAUAGACGGCGUCUUCAUCGUCUUCAACAUGGAUAUUCGACCUUUAAAAGCUGGAAGGUGUCAGUUCUACACCAGCGGGAACAGCUAUAUCUAUGAGAACUACCAUGCCUCUGUUCCCUGCAGAAACCUGGAGGAGUCCUGCAGUGUGACUAUACGCAGUGGCACCUGCUACUGUUGUGAUCUGUACGACUGUGCCAAUGGAGGCUUCCUCAACAACUACUAUGAGUUUGUUGGAGUGCGAGGCUGCCAAGACGUGCUGACCCUUUACAUCCUCAUCUGGACCCUGACUAGCCUCAACAUGGUGGCCUUCAUCACGGGCAUAGUGACCGCAGCAGUGCUUGGAAGCGUGAAAAGCCUGACCAGCUACAGGCCAGUGACCCAGUCUUCAGAAGACCGAACGUCUUCUCCUACCGCUCCACUGCUGCUUAGUGACAACCCACACUCGACACAGCCUCUGCACCUGGGAGGCUCUCUGUACCCCUCUUUGGGGUCAGGUAGGGUCACUCCUCAGAGUGAUCCGUCCUCUCCGCUGGAGACCAACCCCCCUCCGUUCGCUCCUCUGGCCAGCCGGCUGCGCUACGCGGCCCAGCAGGGCUUCCCAGGCUGAGGCACACCACGGCCCUCUGGCCGGCCCUCACCUACUGGGGAACAUCUGCUUCAUAAUGGGAUUCAAGGAUUCGGCGUAAAAGUGAGAUAAGGGAAAUAAUGUUAUGAUGAAUAUACUGGAGCAUGGUGGGGUUUAUGAUCAACAGUGUGUUGCAUUAAGCUUAUCGGGAAAUAGAGGAGGGAGGGGAGGGCGGGAGUGAGGGCGAUCUCUUUAAGAUCCUUCCAAUAACAGCAUGAAGUUUUGUGUGAUUGCCUUAUAAUGCCUUUUAACUCACGCAAGGCAUGGGGAGCAAGCCAUUGCUAACUGCCAUUUAUUUCAAUGGUAUAUAGCAGGGGUACUCAAGUAGAAAUGAUGAGGGGCCACAAUUUUUUUUUUCAGUGACUCAAGGGGCCGGUCGGUAUACGUGUGACUGAGGCCGAUAUAUGCUCUGUUUUAGACGUAACGCGUAAGCACGUAAGUAACCCCCCCUUGCGCGGUAAAAUAUCCCCCCUUACGUGCUUUUCGGCCAAAAUUCCUGACUAUGCGACUAAAACACUACGGCCCUACGCAGCUCGCAAAGACUGUGAUUGGCCAGCUAACCACAUCCUUUCAGGAGUCUCACAUUUCCGGUUUUACAGCAUAAUAGCGCCAUUUUUAAAAGGCUGUGACAGAAGCGAAUGAAGAAUUUUGAAGAAGGAGAAGAAGAAAACACAAGAACGUAUUAUGAUAAUUAUAAAUAUAAACAAGCCAGCGAUUUCCACUUCCACGCCCACAGAUUCGUUCGUUGCUCCCCCUACUGUUCUGGCGGAGAAUCCCCUUGCAACACGCGCAAUCCUUAAGGAACCUUAAAGGAACCGUAAAUCAAAACUUGUCUAAAACAAGUCCCUUGUGUAAAUUACGUGCUUACGUCUCUGCGUCGAAAACGACCCUAAAUCGGCCUUGACUGCUGCUGAGAUGGACUGUCUGCCUCGAGUUUGGGAGGGCUGGAGCGGUCUGUGGGCUGGAGUGCUAUCUGUUUAUCGUUGCAACCCCCAGCCUCGUAUUGAGAUCGCGGCGCGCGGUUUCAAAAUAAGAGCGCCCAGCGCGAUUAUUAUUAUUAUUUUUUUAUAAUUAAAAAAACUUUUCAGAACAGCUCGAGGGCCAUUAAUAGACACCCCGCGGGCCACAAAAGGCCCGCGGGCCGCUACUUGAGUAUGACUGGUAUAUAGUAUUGCAGUACUUAUUUUACUGUUGGACCUCUUAAUAAUGCCAUAUACAGAGGGAGAGUUCAGUUAUCUAAACACUUGGACACUGUACGAGAGAGUAGAGGGUUACGAUGAAGAAGGCUCCAGUUUUACCCCUAUGAGACAUGAACGUUGACAGGGUAAAUAGUCUCCUGAAUCAAUCACUGAAUGGUUGUCACGCAUGGGAUAACAAAUUCUAUUUACAAUUUAAAUAACUACAUGAAUACUGUUGCUGUUAUUUCAAUUAUGCAUUUGGAGGAAAGCUUAAUCCGACACGAUGACAUUAAUGCAAUAAAUCAUGAUAAACACAAAUACACGGCAUACUAACAUCAAGACAAUCACAGUGAAAUGUGCACAGUGAAAAGUGUAAAGGAUGUUUCUUAUAUGUAUCGUUGGAGGGACAUGUUCUGCUAUGUUUAAUAGGAAUAUAUAUAUAGGAUAUCUAUUUUGUCAAUUAAAUGUAAAUUACUUAUUUUGUCUAUAAAAUAUGUUUUGUGUACCAUAUGUUGCUGUCAUUACAACUUUUACACUAUUUUCCCUGGUGUAAAAGUUGAAUUCGAAAUUGAGUUGGCAUCACUAUCAUGUCAUAUCCGGCUGCUACUUGCAUAUGUUUUGUAUGUUUAACCCCAUUGUCAUAUGUAAAAGUGCAAAUGUCAAUCAUGCAUUAUCUGUAUGCUUCUUUAUUGUUCCAUUGACCCCACAUUUCAAUUAAAAG